UGUCGACUCCAUAUUUGAACAGGAAAUUGUCACCGAAGCCUGAAAUUUUAACAGAACUUGUAAGUGGUUUUCCAGAGAUGAGACCACUGGCUUUGUCUUUCGGACUAGCCUUUUGCAAAUAGUCUACUCCUCUAGAGUUUCUCUCGACCUCUCUCUCUCUCUCUCUCUCUCUGCCUAUCUAUCCGUAUGAGUAUGUGUGGACCUGUGUGGGUCUCUUCUCAUCUGAAGAUGAAGGACAAUAAUGCAAUUCUCUGGGGAACCGUUUAUACGAUUUUUAUUGCUAAUUCACUGAUCAUCUCAUUCGUUACGAGGAGUUUCAACCUUUCGUCUCCAACAGGGACGGAGGGUGACCUGAGGCUCCUUCGGCUGACUGGCACCAAGCGACCAAUAUUCUUGAUAAGCGUAUUCCAAGAAUAUCGAACUCGGUUGACCGGUUUAUGUUUCACAAAGAUGAAUAAUGAAGUUGUGUGUACAGGUCAUGUUGAGUCAAUUCCGCAAUCCUUGUAUUCCGGAGUAUUCUAGACUGUCGUUGUUCUUUCUCCCUAGCAUUAUCUCCUUUGUUGUCAGGUGCUUUGGGAGUCUGCCGAACGUAAUUGUCAUAACUUCAGCAGUGAUUCCGUAUGUCGAAGAGAGCUCUGACGUACAUCCGGUGAUCGACAACAGAGGAAAAUAUUAACUGAAAUUGUUUAAAAAGGAUGUUAUGGAAGUUAAUGCCAGGGGAAGACUUCAGAUAGUCAUUCUCAAACCCCCCACUUAUCUGCAAUGGUCCAUCUGUCGUCAGAGAGCUAACGUAAAACGGGACUUCUUGCUAGCCACCUACUCAAAGAUCAUGGACAAUCUCGCUCUCUCUAGCCCUCUCGUCUCAUUACUUAUUUCUGUGGACCACCCUUCAUUCCUCGACAUUGAUACCCUGCUUUUAUGCUUCAGCUACUCCCUUUCUCCAGCUCCGAAUUCGAUGCUGUAUGGAACACAGUCGUAGACAUCUCACCUAGAUGUAUCCAACUCUUUGGGUGCACCAGAGAAACAUUUUGUGAGCUGUAGUCAGUUAGGAAUUAUGGAUCAGAAAAAGUGGUUGGGCAGUCUUAUCAUAUGUGUUCACUGACGAUAGUGACGAGGAGACCCAUAUGGCGGUGUCUCGAUGCUCAGUUCCCGACUAGAUUUUUGGGACGACAUCGGUUGUGUAGUUCGUUAUGUGGAUGCUGGAGUCUUCUAACGGUGAGAGCACUAACAAGGAAGUGGUGAAUAGGUUUGACAACAAGAACAUGGUGGUGGAAGUUGUUAAGAAGACGAGCAGCACCAGCGGCAGAUUUGAUAUGUUGACCGACAUAGAUUUAUCUGUGAAGCUCGACGAAGACAAUGUCGAUGAGGACAAGAAAGUGGAAAAAGGCGAGCAUAAAAAAAACCCUCAAAUUGGACAGGAUCAUCAGAUGUGUGGCACCAAGUAUGAUGAAACCAGAAGUCCUGCACCAAAUUUUCGAAGGAUACGGCAGCAACAUGAGAAUGGGUAUGCCUUUAAGUGCAAAGUUGGAGGCCGUGGAAGUGAAUUUAGAGAGAGAGCUCAAUUGUUAACCCGUGGAGCCGAGCCUUCAAGUGUGGAGGACGAAUCACCACCCUCUUCUCCUGCUGGACCAACCGCUUCUGUUGCCACUCAUCUCAGAGACGAGCUAAUGGCAGCACGCACGGAAAUCACCCGCCUGAGUGAAGAAAAUGAUCGUUUCCGGUCCAUGUUAACGCAACUUUCGACGGAGUACCGCAAUCUCCAGAUUCAUGUGGUCGCUUCAAUGCAACGGAGCAGCGACACUUUGAAUAAUCAAGUUCAAAGUCCCCAGAAACAGGUAGCACACCAGUCCCGAUUCAUUAACAAUACAUGUCCCAACACUUUUUCCUCAGUUGAAUUUGUCAUCGCCACCCUUCGCACAUAAUUAAGCUCAUACCGUUUCAAAUAUAUGUGUGUGUGCAUAUAGAUAUAUAUAUAUAUAUAUAUAUAUAUAUAUGAUUCGGUUCUUGAGUUUCCAUCUAUAUGAUCCAAAUGAGGAGAAAGGUUACACCAUGCUACAAAUUGGUCAUAAACUGGCCAAUAACCAAUCUCGUAUGCAAGGAUAAGUGGACAAUUUGCG